UUCAAUAAUGUAAGCAAAUUUCUUUCAGCCAAAAUCAAUCAAAUCAAAUAUAAAAAAAAUAUAAAAAUUGCAUUGAUCACCAAACGUUGUGACUAUGAGCGGAAAAGUAGGACCACUAUCGCGUAUCUACAAUGGUAUGAUAGGCACCGCAGAUAAAUUUGUACCGACGUCCAUGCGUCCGCUGUGGGAACAUCCAGCAGGUCCGAAGACAGUAUUCUUCUGGGCACCGAUAUGCAAAUGGGCACUCGUCAUUGCUGGCAUUGGAGAUAUGAACCGUCCCGCUCAUUCUUUAUCACUGAAUCAAUGUGCAGUUAUAGCCACAACUGGUAUAAUUUGGUCUCGGUACUCGCUGGUCAUAAUCCCUAAGAACUAUUCCUUAUUCAUGGUAAAUAUGUUUGUCGCAACUACACAGCUAUACCAAGUGGCACGCGCCUUAAAUUAUCAGUAUGGCUUAAAAGAUAAAUCGGAGUGAAGUGUGUUUUAUAAAAAAAAAAAAUUAAUAUUGGUCAUUCAAGUCUGGUGGGAAUGAAAAUUUAUUGAUCGUAAAAAGCACCCUUUGGUCGGUGCUCAACUUGAAGAAUUGUGAGAAAUAAGUCGAAUAAAUCCAAAAUCGAAUAGAAGCCAAGUUCAAAACAAGUGGAACAAAAAAUUAUCGCAUUAUAUAAUCUUGUUUUAUGUACUCGAAUUAGAUAUUUUCAGUGAGUUGUGCUGUCAUCAAUGUUUUAUACUUAUUCGGCUUCGAUAUAAAUUAAUCUUUAAAUGUAUUUUUUAGUAAUAGCGACU